AAUUCAAAGAUGGUGGAAUAAGAAGAUUUUUAGAGAAUAUAUGUUCCCUUAGCAUAAAAAUCCAGCUUUUCCUUCGUUAAGCCCAUCCAUAUAGCUGAUAUUCCCUGGAACCCAAGUACCAGCAUAGCAACCAUGUUAGCUUGACGCACAUCUGAAGCAUUAAUGUGAUCAGGAUAUUGAUACCAUUCCCUGCCUAAAGGGUCUAAUAAUUUAGGGAGACUUUAUCUCCAAGUCCACUGAAUUUUAUCACAAGAAAUAGCUUGCAUUGAAUAGUAUACAACUUUGGAAUCUUUUUGAUAGAGAUUAAGCCUUAAGGAAGCGAUACUAAGGCCACAUUGAGAAUAUCUUCUAGGGCUGGGCUUGUCUUAAGUUUUCCUUUCUUUCUUUCCUUAUUUCUAAGGAACCUAUAUAUGCCAUGGCUACCGUACUAAAGAGAGCAAUUGGCACCAUCAUAUCUGCCAUUAAAUACUGUUGCUUUCACUAUCGAGACACCCACAAAAUCAAGACCUUCAACAACUUCAACUACAACAUCAACAUGCCUAAGGGUCGACCCCUUUCUUUGCAGACCGUGGAGCUCAAAGUAAGGAUGUGCUGUACGGGCUGCGAAAGAGUAGUCAAAAAUGCCAUCCACAAACUUAGAGGGAUUGAUUCAGUGGAGGUGAACCUAGAGAUGGAAAAGGUAACCGUAGUUGGGUACGUUGAUCGGAACAAGGUGCUGAAGGCAGUGAGGAGGGCUGGAAAGAGGGCUGAAUUCUGGCCUUACCCUGAAAUACCUUUGUACUUCACGUCCACCAAUAACUACUUCAAAGACACAACUCAUGAGUUCAAAGAGAGUUACAACUAUUACAGGCAUGGCUACAAUAUUGGGGACAGGCAUGGCAACAUUCCCAUAAGUCAUCGAGGAGAUGACAAGGUCAGCAACAUGUUUAACGAUGAUAACGUCAAUGCGUGCUGCCUCAUGUAAUUGAAAUAUAUAUGAAGCAUGCAUAUGUAUCAAUGUACUAUCACCAUCAUCAUAAUGUGUAAUAUUUAUGUAUCAUAUUUUAUAAGAGGGGCAUAUUUUGUAUGGUUUGGAUGGAAAAAAAAGAUCCAUCAAUCUCUUUCGUUGUACUGUACAGUAUGCAAAGCGCCUUGUUGCAUUUAUGCUGAUUGUAUGUAGGAGUGGGGAAUAUAUUCAAUGGAACAGUUCCAACUUCCAAGUA